AUGCCCGGCGGUACAGCGAUUUCUCGAUUGGAUAUCACCGAAGAUAAGGUUUAUCAGGGAUUCCUUACCAAGAUUAAGGCCGAAACCUGUAGUACCGGUAGAUGUUUUCACUGUGUAUUGCCAGUGUCUAAUGAUGCUGUGCUUAAUGGAGAUAUUGUCUAUAUUGCAGAACCCACCGCCGCCAAAAUCAAGAGAAAUCGAGGGCUCAUAUAUUUCUCAGAUAGUUCAGGAAUAGCGCCACAUACUCGAGCUCUUGCAGAUGAAUAUGCCAGGGCCGGGUAUCUUACGAUAGUUAUCAACUUUUGGGGCAGACAUCAGCCAAUAGGCCAAUCUAAAGAAGAAAUCGUUCCGUGGGACCGCAACCAUCCCACAGGAGGAGCGCCAAGCAAUGUUGACAGAGCCCGCAUGGUAGAUAGCGCUUUGGACUACCUCCGCCUUGAUCGAAACUGUAUUAAGAUUGGUGGAGUAGGAUAUAGCGGUGGAGUUCUUCCACUCAUGAUUCUACUCAAAGAAUCUCCCUGCCGUCUUGCAGCCGCUUUCACAGGUCACCCUACACAAGUACGAAGAGGAGAUUAUCGUUCUAUCCAUCAACCUUUAUCUAUAGCUCAAACAUGGGACGAUCGAUUUGUUCCCGAACAAAGUCGCCACGAGCAAGAAGCAGAACUCAUCGAGUCGGUCAGGAUGACCGACGAAGAAAAAGUCCUCGUCAAGUCGGGCAGGUUCCGGCCACGUGGGUGUCCUUGGCAAAUCAAUUUAUUCUCGGGUGUCGAGCAUGGUUUUGCCUCCAGGUUGUUGGAUGCAGGACAAAUGAAUAUAAAUGAGACUUACGUAAAGCGAGCUGCCUUCGAGCAAGCGGUGUUGUGGUUUGAAACUUAUAUGCCAGAUGUGUCGAUAUAA